AUGCCGAUCUCGUUACUACCCGCCUCGGCUGCGGCCUUUGCGCCCCGUUCCAACGUCAACGUUGUUUUGGCAUCCAAGGUCGAGCCAUGGUUAACACAAACGCUCAAGCGAGUAAAUCGGGUCAAGCGUCCGUUGAACAGUGUGCAACAACACACGCGCUGUCUUACCGAAACCCUCUCUGGCCCAAACGCCAUCUGGUCACUCUGCUCCAUCAUGGUCCCAAAGGCCCCGGAUUCGGAACUGCGCAAGGACUCCAACCCGCUGGUAGAAGCACUGUUCAACUACCAGCUAAUCCACAUUGAGGCCUAUGUCGUACACGUCGACAUGGUGUCACAACAUGAGGUUGCAUUCAAGCUUACACCAGAGACCAUUGAAGCGCUUAUCGAGUACCACAAGGACAUCUAUUCCGUCGACGUUUCCGCCAGCACCUGGGAGUGGGCCGAGAAGGAGCAGCAGCUGAAGAAGCUUCAGGAUGGAUUCGUCCAGGCUGUCAACCGCUAUGUGUUCCGCACUGGCGUCAAGGCUCUGGAAGGUCUCGAGGAGGACGGCGCAGGAGAGCUACUUGAGGGACGAGGUGAGGAUGUCAAGAGUGCCAUCAUGGGAUUGUUCCUCCCGCUUCUUCCUCCUCCUCCCAGGAUCGUCGACGUUGUCCGGCCAGCACCGCUUCUCCCAAGCUCGCCUGGAUCCGCAAACUGGUGGGUGCCAACACAGCACAUGCACCAGUCACACUCUGCUCCGAUUGAUACGUGGAGAGUAGUACCCUCGACGCCCAGCCCGACCAUCACUACCUGUGGUGAAACUGGCCAAACGUUCUGGAGCACAAUGGGCAACAUGGGCUUCGAAGCGAUCCAACUUCCAUCACCGACACCCUCCUUCAGCCAGCCAUACAACUCGACUAGUCCAUAUGCGCCUUGCACAAGCCCGUACACGUCGAGUUCGUACUACAGCCCACCCCCAGCAUCGGCACCGAUUCCAGCCCUUCCUCUGCCGAGCGUGCUAGCCCAGCAGUGCGGGUCAAGCGCCGUGCACGGAGGAUUCGGCGGCUUCGGAUGGGACACAGGAUUUGCACCACAGUACGCUGCAUUCACGUAA